AUGGCCGUGACGUGCUAUGAGCCGAUAGGAAACUAUGCCGGUACUCGCGUGCCAACACGCAACUGCGGACCCUCACUUGGAAUGGAAUGUACCUUCGGACUUCAAUGUUUGGACGAUUGGACAAGCUCGGACUCCCGUGAAGUGGUGACUGGUGAUGACCGGAGAUUUAGAAAGUGGAGAUGUAAGUCCGAAGAAUCAAGACUCGAACUCCGAAACGGGGUUGAGAUUGAGAAUCCGAGAUAG